UGGAGGUUUUACGUUAAGGAAUCGGAGCUGAACUCAAAGAAAGUAAAAGUCGCACCACCCCAAGUGUUGAAAUCAAACACCAAGUACUUCAAACAGGACACGAAUGGAAACAUCUUCAUCUACUCCGCCAUCUCCAACAUCCACCACCCCAAGAACGAACAUCUCGAUUCUCAGAAUAACCCCGUCUACGAAGUCGAAAUCGUCUUGACGGCUUUUGACGUAACCAAGGCCAAUUACGUCUGCUGUAUUAUUUCCGGGACUUCCGGUUCUCAAGUUCACGUCACACCGGCUAAGUACUACUUCCAUAAAGAUAUUUUAAAACCUAAACCUAACGUAAACCUAAACACGUUAAGACAGUACAGUUGCAUCUACAACAAAACCACAACCAACGACAUGCCCAGCUACGCGACGUUAUCAGCAACGACGUGCCCCGCUGAUACGACGCAGUACUUCGCUGUACGCUACCCGACCAGAAAACCCGGACACGUCGCUCUCUGCGCGAAAAUCCUUCACGGAAACACCCUCGACCCGGAGAAGAUUAUCGAGUGGGUGGAGAUGCAAAAAAUUCUCGGCGUCGAUAAAAUUUUAGUAUACAAUUUAGGAAUCCCAGACCAUAUAUUCCGCGUUUUCCGAUUCUACCAGUUCGAAGGGAUUAUCGAAAUCCAGCCGUACGAACUUCCUGGCGAGCCUGAAGGCAGAAAUCUGAGCGAGGCGUUCAAACGGACGCCACAGUUCCUACACGACGAGACGCUGGCGGUGGUCGAGUGUCGUCUGCGGAUGGCGGGGUACGAUUACAUCAUCAGCCAUGACCUUGAUGAGUUGAUUAUACCGCGAGAGAAUAUUUCCAUCAAACAGUUUUUACAGCACCAAACGGCCAAGCACCCAGACGCCGCCUCAUUUUUCUUCCACACGGAGUUUUUCAUCACCACCUGGGAGCCAACUAACCCAGAGGAGGAUCUCAUGAUCAAACGUUACAGGAAAACAACGGUGCCCAGGUGGGAGUGUUACAAGUACGUAUAUCUGUCGAACCGUGUCGUCACGUCUGUCACACAUGCUGUGUACGUCAUACCUCCAUACAAAAAUGUGCGGGUCCCCCCAGGCGAUGCCGUCCUACACCACUACCGACAGUGCCCCGAGGACACAUGGAAGACCUGCACCGUCCCGUCCACGGUGGAUGACGUCAUGACCAGGUACCCCGGGGUAGACGAGAGAGUGCGGGCAGUCAGGGUCGACACCAAGACAGAGCCACGGUGGAAAGUGGCACCCAAGGGUUUAAAGAUUUAA